UUUAAAUAGUUCUCAGUGUGUUUAUUAGCAGAAUAAUAGGAGAGUAAAACAAGGAAAGAUGUCUUCACGGCGUGAUGAUCGACAUACAGACGGUGGUGGUGGUGGUGGUGGUGGCGACGACGAAUCACAUCAUCAAAAGCGCAGCAGUCGUGGGGACGAUGAAAGGUCAAGGGUCUCAGAUUCCAGGGGAAAGGACAGAGAUCGGCGCCGGGACUACUCGGAGAGAAGUGGCAGGGAUGAAAGAGGAAGAGAGAGACACGAUGAUGGUGGGCGUUCACGUAACCGUGAUUAUAGCAGGCACCAUGAUUAUGAUCGAGAUAGAGAGAGACAUCAAAGACACAGAUCACGGUCUGCAUCACCUGAUAGAUCCAGAGAUACAUCUAGAUCUCGCUCAAAAAGCAAGAGGACAAGUGGUUUUGACAUGGGACCACCUACUGCUGCAACUGUGCCUGGUGCAGUUGAUUUUAUAUACAACGAGGAACCAGUGCUCCAAUAAUCUGGAAUAUGUCACCUUCAGAAGGCAACAGUUGUUAUCUAGACUUGCAAUUGUUCCCAGCAUCUGCAGUAAGGAAAUUAUAUUAAAUAUUGGUUCUCAAUCAUAUGUAAAUCUAGGCCAAUUGCCAGAUACUCCGCUAUCAAUGCCGGGAAUGUCGCAAAGCAUGUUUCCGUUUGGUACACCACAGUUGGGAGCUUUUCCAAUGAUGCCAGCUCACACAAUGACACAACAGGCUACACGGCAUGCACGGAGAGUUUAUGUUGGUGGCUUGCCCCCAUUGGCCAACGAACAGACAAUAGCAACUUUUUUUAGCCAAGUUAUGACAGCAAUAGGUGGAACUUCUGCUGGGCCAGCAGGUGAUGCGGUAGUCAAUGUGUACAUCAAUCAUGAAAAAAAGUUUGCAUUUGUGGAGAUGAGGACAGUUGAAGAAGCAAGUAAUGCAAUGACACUGGAUGGAAUCAUUUUUGAGGGUGUGUCUGUAAGAGUACGAAGACCUACGGACUACAAUCCUUCAUUAGCUGCAGUUCUUGGUCCCAGCCAACCAAAUCCAAACCUUAAUUUAGCUGCUGCUGGACUUACUCCAGGUGGCAUGGGCGGAGUUGAAGGACCUGACCGUGUCUUUGUGGGAGGAUUGCCGUAUUACUUUACUGAAGUACAGAUAAGAGAGUUGCUAGAAUCAUUUGGACCGCUUCGUGGGUUUGACUUGGUUAAGGACAGAGACACAGGAAACUCCAAAGGAUAUGGAUUCUGUGUUUAUGAGGAUCAAGCUGUAACAGACGUUGCUUGUGCUGCAUUAAAUGGCUUAAAAAUGGGUGAUAAAACACUGACGGUCAGGCGUGCUACUAUCAGCAAUGGACAGAUGAAAUCAGAACAAGAUACCAUACUAGCUCAUGCGCAGCAACAUAUAGCAAUGCAGAAAAUGGCCUUGCAGAUUGGUGGUUUUAAUAUUCCUGGAGCAGGGAUAGGGCCCACAGCACCUAACGAGGUUCCAACAAAAAUACUUUGCUUAACUGAGGUUGUUACUACCGAUGACCUAAUGGAUGAUGGAGAAUAUGAAGACAUAUUGGAGGACAUGAGGGAAGAAGGACAAAAAUUUGGGGAUUUACUGAAUGUUGUGAUUCCACGUCCGAAUUCAAAUGGAGAUGAAGUUCAAGGUCUUGGGAAGGUGUUUUUGGAGUAUGCUGAUACCAAUGCUUGUGCCAAAGCAAAGGAUUCUCUGGGUGGUCGGAAGUUUGGUGGCAAUGUGGUGACGGCAGUAUACUACCCUGAGGAUAAAUACGUGGAAAAUGACUACGGGGCUUAGGUGUUGGAGUCGGCUGCUUGUGUUUUCUUUUAUCUUGCUACGUUCUAUAUAUGAGAUUGUUAGUAGUUUUGACUAUGUAUGGCACUUUGCUGACAACUGUAGAGGAAUGAGCUGUUGCAAAAAAAAUAUAUGCAUGUUCAACAAGUGAAUUAUGUUUAUAGUUUUUACAUACUUUAAGAUGUAAUUCUUAUACCAUAUUACACAUGCUUGUACACUAUAUCAUAACUAGCAUUACUUUUUGGUUAA